GUAAACAUCCGGACAUCAUACAAGUUUUCCGAAAAGCUGGACACAACCUUUGCAAGCCCUUUUUUAGCUGGUGUGGCUUUUGUGCUUGCGGUUGAUAUCAGUUAACGCAAGAGCCUUGAAACACUUAGGGUUUUGGUUAUAUAAUGCGCGCCGCUGCAGGCCGCUUGCGCCACGGUGUGGCGACGAAAAGCGAAAAUGCCAUCCAUGGCCUUCCACGAGCGAGGCAUACAUUCGCGCUCGGCAGCUCACGCUCAAAAGCCGGUGCCUGUAAGGCAUACCGAAGAUGUUUACAGCGUCGAUGCAAGGCAACCCUCUUGGUCCAGGCGACUGCAUCUCCCAUGGUGACCAGCGACCUUGGUCCUGCACCAACGCCGCCCCCCACGGAGCCAGUGGAAGUCGAGUACGACACCUUUCAGGUGGCUCCCAACGUCCAACUGCUGCGCGGCAGCUGCCGAGCUGAGCGCCUCAAGUACGAAGUGGAGUACGGAUUGAAGCGCGGUACGACAGAUAACUCGUACCUCAUCACGUCUCCCGGAGCGGUGGUCCUGGUGGAUGUGCCGUACGAGGCGUAUAAGGAGAAGUUCGUGGAGGCCCUGUCCGCGCAGGCCCCCCUGCCCUCCCUCACGCACCUGCUCAUCACCCACCUCGACCCCAAGGCCAUCCCCACCCUGGAGCUGCUGCUGCUCACACGCCGCAAUCAGCAGCGGCAGCAGCGGCAGCAGCUGCAGCAGCAGGAAGGGGGACAGCAGGAGGGACAGGCUGUGGCGCCUGGAGCAGCAGCAGCGGCUGGGUCCCCGGGCAGUAGCAGCGGCAGCGGCGGACAGGGGGAGGCGCCCCCCCUGCCCCCUCUGCAGGUGGUGCUGUCCAACCCGGCUCUGAAGCUGCUGGAGUCCACUCUGGGCUCCCCUCCCCCCGGAUCCCCCUCCCUGCUGUCCGGCGUGCAGCUGCAGGUGGCGGGCAGGUCGGGGGCGGCGGUGGCGCCGUGCGGACCGGAACCGGGCGACCAGCUGCAGGUGUUCCUGGCCCCCACCCCCCGCUGGCCCGACCUGCUGCUGUCGUACGACCCGGCCAACCGCAUCCUGCUCUCCUCCAAGCUCUUCUCAGCGCAUGUGGCGCCCAGGGACAAGCCCUACGACGAGGGCGGGUGGGAGGCGCUGGAGGAGGACUGGCGCUACUACUUUGACUGCAUGCUGGCGCCGUCCGCGAAGCAGGCCGCUGCCGCUCUUGACAAGCUGGACCUGGUGCCGGUAGCCCGCCAGUCGGCUGCCCAGGAGGGGGAGCUGGCGGCGGCGGGAGGAGGAGGUGGAGGGCGCCCUCGACGCGUCAACAAGACCAGUGCCGCCCUGCGCAGCUUCUUCCGGAGCCUGCUGGGCCUCCCAGCUCCCAAGCUCUCCCCACCUGCUCCUCCCACCGACCCGGCCUCUGAGGAACAAUCCUCCUCCACUACCGCCUCCACCGCCACCGCCACCUCCUCCCUCCCCCAGCUCCCUGUAUGCCAGCUACUGCCCCUGCACGGCCCCCUCGUGUCCUCCUCCCUCGCCGUACUGCUGCUGUCGUACCGCAACUGGAUCCAGCAGCAGCUGCAGGCGGCGGCAAGCGGCGGCACUGCAGCGGUGCUGUACGCCUCAGCGUACGGCAACACAGCAGCCCUGGCGCAGGCCAUCUCCCGCGGCAUCAGUCUGGGCGGAGUGGCGGUGGAGGCGGUCAACCUGGAGACCGCCAGCCUGGAGGAGGUGGCGGCGGCGGUGGGGCGCAGCCAGGGGUUCGUGCUGGGCAGCCCCACCCUGGGCGGCCACAUGCCCACGCUGGUGUCGCUGGCCAUGGGCGCCAUCCUGCGCGACCCCGGCGCCCGGGGGCUGCCCUGCGGCGUGUUCGGCAGCUUCGGGUGGAGCGGGGAGGCGGUGGAUGAGAUGGCGGGGAGGCUGCGGGACGCGGGGUUCGGGUUCGCGUUUGAAGCCAUCCGAGUCAAGUUCAAGCCCACGGCCAAGGACCUGCUGCUAUGCGAGGAGAGCGGGCGGGCGCUGGCAGCAGCCAUCAGGAAGCGAGCCAGGAGCCGGGAGAUGGCGGUGGCGCCGGGUAGUCGCGCGCUGACCGCCAGCGGCCCCCAGCUGGCCAUGGGGCGCCUGGUGGGCAGUCUGGCGGUGGUGACGGCGCGAGAUGAGGACGCAACCGCAGCCAUGCUGGCCAGCUGGCUGGCGCAGGCCAGUUUCGACCCUCCUGGCAUUACCAUCGCCGUCAAGCGCGACCGACCCCUGGGUCAGCUGCUGGGCGGCGGCGCGCGCUUCGUGGUGUCGCUGGUGUCGGAGGGGCGGCAGCGGGAGGUGAUGCGGCGGCUGAGUGGGCCCUUCGCGCCGGGGGCCGACAGGCUGGCAGGUCUGGACACCUUCCCCUCCCCCUCCGUGGGCGCCCCGGUGCUGGCGGGUGCUGCCAGCUGGCUGGAGUGCGAGGUGGCGGGGCGGCUGGAGGCGGGGGACCACACGGUGCUGUACGCGCAGGUGUUGGACGGUAGGGUGGUUGACGAGGCCGCCUCCACCGCCGUACACCACCGCAAGGUGGGCAACCACUACUGAGAGGGGGGAGAGGAGGAAGGAGAGCCGGGGAGCUGCCGGUAGGGUGCAGCAGAGCUGGAAAGGCAGUGGCGAGGGCUACAGGGAGUUACAGGGAGGCUGCGUGGCGGGUGUGGUCGGCAUGCCAACUGACCGGCGAAGCGGGGUGGGGGGGGGUUGCUGGUGUGGCAUGAAGCGGGUUGCUGCAGGGACUGUGCGGCUAGGGGUUUCUGCGGCAGCACGAAUGCGUGGUGGUGUCAAAAGGGUUAAGGCAACGGGGUAAGCAGAUUAUUGCCAAAAUGCUCGCAGGUUGGCAUUGCAGGCUGUUGUGAGAUGCUGAGUGACUCGUGAGGACGUUGGAAGCAGUGAGGGGCAGUGCAAUGCACUAUAUAUAGCAGUUUACCAGGGGGGGUUACGUACGGCUGCAAUGCAGUGCAUGGAAUCCUGGGGUUGCGGCACUUGGCGCAGUAGGGGUGGGGUAUGCUGGCGGCUUCAGUGGGCAGAGGGGGUCCGCGACACACUGGGAGGGUUUGCUGCAGGCGAGGAGAUGAGGAUCAGCGUUGAGCAUGUUGGUUGGUCAACUGACGUGGAUAAUAAGGAGGGACCGAGGUGUUACAUGCUGUGUUGUAUGUACUAUUAUACCUUGUAUCUUACAAUGGGGAUGAAGGUGUGCACAUGUGUGUUGCUCGUGUGCGUAUCGGGAGCAAGCCGAGGACAUGUGAGAUGCACGCGUACCAUGGUGAGAGCAGUGAGGGAGGAUGGUCAAAACACUUUGCUGAGUGGACGUGCAUUGCUGCAUUGGCGUCUAGCCAAAGUCCUCGGCUAUCGGUAAUUACUUGCUCUUGCGUACGUGCGUAGGGCCUCGCGUCAGAGCAUGGCAGGAGUGAGGAAAGCUAUUAUGCUCCAAGUAGCUACGGAAACCUUUCAAUAUCUAGCUAUACAGAAGUUCGCAUUUCGAGCAGAGUAGCCUUGAGGUGAAGAAAGAGGGAUCACGUGUGAGAUUGCCUAACGUAUUAUGAGGAAUACGUUGUCCCUUUGACCUUGCGGGUAAGGGCCGUGUGUGACGUAUGCCAGGCAGCUGCCAGCUUGUGUGAGGUGAGGGUGUUGUUGGUUGCAAAGGGGCCCGAGAAGGUUUGGAAUAAAAGAAUGAGCCACUGGGAACCGAAUAAAACACGCUUAGUCGGCGGCACCGUGAGAGGCGGCAGAGGAAUCUCAUGGGCUGAACCGUGUGUGUAUGUGUGUGUGUAGCUAGCCCCGGCUUGCCCCAGAGAGCUAGCAUAUUGUUCCUUUGAAUGGACUUGAGUUAAUUAGCAUAGCUCUACAGUAAGGGGUUUUGUCUACGGGAAUCUUUCAGGUGAGGUCAACUGAGGAGGUUGCAGUUUGCAUGCCCUAUGCCUACUUACGGCUGGAUGUAUGCCGCAAGGGCUGGCAAUUGGCUAGCAGCAGAGAGUUUCGAUGAUUGAAUGACACAUAGCUACUGAAACCUUGCUACUGUCUAGCCUUGGAACGGCGGCCGCGUCUAUCUGACGACACAGGCCAUGCAUUAGGCAUCUUCUGGCCGUGCGGGACUCAUUAACUUCCUUGCCGUGACUACAUGACAUACAAGCGCCUGGCCAAACUUAAUGUGCAAUAGCUUCCUUCUAUUUAAAAGCACAGUACACAAUACGCUAUCUAGGGCUGCAAUGCGCAACCCUGCUGUGUAACAACAUGCGACCGGACGCUUAUAACGGUCAACAGUUCGCCACUGUAAUAAUUUGAAGCAUAGGUUUUCCAAUUGGAUAUCCAAGAUGCCUGGAGGUGACUCUGACCGGCAUCAGGGCUUCAUGCUCCCGGUCCCUCUUUUGUUAACGGAGGAGCCCGGAGAUAAAAGCAUUCCGUCGAACGGCAGACAGAGCGCAAGCAUUGUAGCAAGCAGCGAACUGCGCCUUAACUCACCGCGUUCGUCACUCUUAGCACCCCAUCCACCGCACGGCUCCGGACCAAGCAGCCCACGAAUGGGCACUCCCUCCAAGUUCGAGGACCCCCUCCUCUCCAUGCCCUCCUUCCGCAAGAGCUCUCCGCAGUCCAUCUGCGACGCCUCAGCCCUCGGCAGCCCCAGGCAUCAGUCCCCCUUCCGCAGCGGCGGCCUCGCCUCGCUGCCCAUCACCACCACCAACAGCUUCUCGG